GCGGCCGAAGGGCUCUUUUCAUCGCCGGGUGGAAUUGCUGGGCCGAGGGUUCUUGGAGGUGGCACUGAUUGAGCAUGGAUGGAUCGCACGAGGAAGCGGGGCCAGUGUCUUGCCGGGAUGUUGCGCAGCGAGGUGCAGUGCCGUAGUGGACAUUCGCCUCGGGCGACCCUGUGGGCGUGAGGUCGGGCGCGCACAUCGCCUGUGAGUUCGCGAGCUUGCUUCAUGCGGCCUUGGCCUGAUCGUCUCAUCGCACAUUUGCAGUGCUGGUGGUGUAGGGCACAGCUCCGGUUUCAUGACUUUCUUCGGCAUUGUGAUCCGGGCGCUGGACCGCGAUGUGCAGGCCCGCAAUCAGCGAGGACGUUCAUCAAUUCGCCACGGUCUCUGUCGCUGAGUGCAAACUCGCGCAGUGAAGGGAGUCCUCGAGGCUGCUGGAUCUGGGAGCCCUGCACUGGUGACUGGCUUCGCGGACAGGGCGCGAGUUUGUCCCCGUCUUGCGUUCCCAACCAUUUCGUUUGAGAAUGCUCUGGAUCAUCGUGUAAUUCCCGCCAUUAAAACCCUAAAUUGGGACAUGCAGCUCCUCCCGUUCCUGUUAGAUUCUGGGAACGAGCAGGCUGACGUCCAGUGGCAAGAAGGAUGAACAGUAAUUUGGUGAAGCUGUUCAGAGAAUGUCAGCGAUUUCGAUUUGGGAGAAGCUCCAGUCGAGGAGAAUCGUGUGGCACAAGGUCGUUCGUAGGUCCCUUCUGCAGCCAGUGUUCAGCAGCUUCCGGAAUAAUGUUGCGGAAUUGAAUUGUUUCACAAUAUCGUGGGCUCUCUCAGUAACCAAAUUUGGUGAACAAUUUAUGGGUAGACCUGUGGGGCGAAGAAAAUGAAGCAGCCUCGAGGCGAGUCUGACCGAUGAGUUUUUGUUCUAGAAUCGACUGCCUGAGAUAAUUUUUUUGGGAUUAUCUAGAUGUCUUAUGGGACCACUGUAGAUUGAACUGUAGUGCUUCUCACAGGAACCAUCAAUUGCCAUGAAUGAACAACGAUAGGGUGGAGAUCCCUGUGUUUAUAUGUGUGAGCAUCGAGCAGAGGACUCGCGAACACAACUAAAAGAAUCAAAGGAGUUGGAGCUGACGGUUGAAGGAGGUCUGCUCUACGGGACAUGAUGAACGUUGCCCGUUUAGAUGGAUGUCAACUACAUUAGUAUCAAGGGAUUUGGUUGUGCUCCUGGUCUGAUUGAACAUAUGGGAGAUGUAAGAGACUUGCGGUCUGUUGUCGAUGGAGGAGGGACAGGGACAUUCUUCGAUUCCACUGUUGGGACCAGUGCACUGGCUCGUAACUUUACUCAUGUGAUCGAGUUCGAUCGGAGUUGCAUGAGACAUUGAAGCUCAUAAUAAGCUGGUGAUGGUGUUCCAGAAGUACUUUUAUGUUUGAGUUUAAAUCUCAAGUCAGACGAUCGUGGCGAAAAGCCUGUCGGAUGGGAGAGGCUGAGCAAAUAGCCGAUCUUACGAAGUCAAUUUUAUUUGAAUGUUUUCCGACUCGUUCGGAAGGUUGAAGAUUAGCUUCUGGCCGGUGGGUUGAGUACAUCAAACCAUGAAAGUAUUUUUAUAAGCGAAGGAUUUGGCCAAUGCCCGCGGGGUACUAGGUGCAGACAUCACAUACAGAGAAAUUCCAUAUCUUCUAUUUUACAUUCAUUUACACCUUCGCUCUCCCGGAUUUGGUCUAUGCCUGAAAGGUUGUAAAAGCUGAGAAACCUGGAAAGUGAACUCGGAAGGUGAAUGUGGGUGCACGAGAAUCGGAAACAAUGUCGACCGACCGAAUUGAAAGACGGCCCUUCCUGCAUUCCACCUCAGACAACGACUCCGAUGCUGAGCGUGAAGAAGGCUGGGCUGAGCACCUUGGCCAAAAUGGCAAGCAGUCGACUACUUCUUCUGUGGCAAUGAUUGCCGAGAGUGAGUCAGAAUUAAAGCGCAGAGUCUCUGAAAUUGAGGAAUAUAGGCGGAGGAGUUACAUUCCAGAGGGAGAAGAAAUAAGCGCUGCCUCCACGAAUGAGGAACCAGUACACAAGGGUAAGGAAAGUACAUUGGUGGAUUCUUUUGUCGUUCAUAUAGAUGAGCAUGAACAAUCAAAAAGGGAGGCAGAACCAGAGGGUUACACCUACAAACCUAAAUCCGUGAUACCUCAGUAUCCACUUUCCGAUUCUGAUUCAGACCAAGAAACACUCAGAGACGCUGGGAGAGGAAGGGAUGCUGGGAGCCGAAGGUCUUUUUUGAAACAACAAGUUCCAGAUGAAGUACCGGUUGAGUCUCAAAGGGAGAUAGAAAGGGAGAAAGGAUCACCUGUGAAUCGUGGAAGGCGAUCAUCCCGUUUAGGCUCCGCAACGGAUGUCGACUUAGAAGCUCAACUCGACGUAGCAAGGGAGAGAGCAAGAGCUUCCAAUAGACGAAUCUCUAGAGUGAUUUCACCUGAGCCUGACGUGGAUUCUGAUUUUGAUGUAAGGGAUGAUGAUUUAGACCGAGCGCCACAGCGUCCCAUUCUUCAGAGAAGACCCUCUAUCGCUGCGCAAGUUGGAGAACGAGUUCCACCAGAGUGGGCUCUUCUGCUGCUUGGAUGCUUCUUGGGUCUGGCUAGUGGUCUCAGUGUCGUUAUCUUUAACAACGGGGUACACCUGAUUCACGACUUGGCAUGGGCAGGGACACCGCAUGAGGGAGCUGCCUGGCUCCGGCUUCAAAAGUUGAUCGACAUAUGGCACAGGAUCAUGCUGAUUCCAGUUGUUGGAGGGGUCGUUGUCGGUCUGAUGCACGCAAUUGUUGCCCUUAUUGAUCAAGUUAAAGCAUCUAGACCAGUGAGGAGGCAGAGUAUAGAUUGGCUAGCAGGGACAAAGCCAGCACUGAAGGCAACUCAGGCUAUGGUCACUUUGGGUACUGGCUGUUCUCUUGGGCCUGAAGGUCCAAGUGUGGACAUUGGGAAGGCUUGGGCACACGGUCUUGCGACGGUGAUGAAGAACAACAGGGAGAGACGGAUAGCACUGGUAGCAGCUGGCGCAGCGGCUGGUAUAUCUGCAGGUUUCAAUGCACCCGUAUCAGGGUGUUUUUUUGCAAUUGAAACCGUUUUGAGACCUCAACACGCAGAAAAUUCUCCUCCUCUUACAACGGCUAUGAUAAUCUUGGCGUCGGUCAUAUCGUCCACAGUAUCACAAGUCCUGUUCGGAGAGACAGCAGCAUUUACAGUACCAACUUAUGAAUUGCGCUCGGCAGCUGAGCUUCCACUGUACUUGCUGCUGGGUGGUCUCUGUGGCGUAGUUAGCGUUAUUUUUACUCGGAUGACAGAUUAUUUCACCCAUAUGUUCGAGUUUUUGAGGGAUCGGAUCGGAAUACCAGCAACGGUAACCCCAGCUAUUGGGGGCCUUGUCACAGGCUUGAUUGCCCUCAGAUAUCCAGGUGUACUUUAUUGGGGAUUCACGAAUGUUGAUGAAAUCUUGCAUUCGGGAAAAACAGCCACAGCUCCAGGCCAAGGUCUGUUGAUACAGCUCAUAUGCGCCAAAGUACUUGCGACAUCAUUUUCCAAAGGUUCUGGACUGGUGGGCGGUGUAUAUGCCCCUAGUUUAUUUAUCGGGGCGGCUGUUGGUUCUGUGUAUGGCACCAUGGCUGGAAAAGCAAUCAAUGCAGCGAUGCCCGGUCAUGACACUGUCGCACAUCCUCAAGCCUAUGCACUGGUAGGAAUGGCAGCACUACUUGCAGCAGUCUGUUCUGUUCCUCUGACAUCUGUGCUGUUACUCUUUGAGCUUACAAAAGAUUACCACAUUUUGCUCCCUCUCAUGGGUGGAAUCGGUGUAGCUAUAUGGGUCGCUGCUGUAGCAAAACAAAGUGCUGAGAAACAGCUCACUACAACAGCUAGUAGUGGUGGGAGGUCAGGGCUUGUUUCAGGAACAACAUCUGAUGGUGUACAGGAUGAAGAUGGUUUAAGUGGGCAACAAGUAUGGAGGCGGAAAGGGAGUGAAGGGAUGGAGGUUGAACUUUGUUCUCUUGAAGACUAUGCCCUGGGCCCUGAUGUCAUAUCCAAUGAUGAGCUUAUGGAUACCGUUAAGGUAUCUCAAGCCAUGUCAAAGAGUUUUGUGAAAGUUCUGCCAUUUGAGACAGUGAAGGAGACUAUCUCAGCAAUGUUGAAAGGUGGGCAGACCUGUGCCCUUGUUGUGGAUGAGAACGACCUUCUAGAAGGUAUAUUCACCUGUUCUGAUCUUGAGAAUGAAGUGAUGAAGGCGGCAGAAAUGACUGCGAUGGGUGAUCGAACAGUUUUAGAGGUAGAGACAACGCUGAUCGCUGCGUUUUGCAGCGGAAAAGGAGAUAACCAGGGGGAGGAGACCGACCUUGUGACCUGCUUCCCUGACAUGAGUUUAAGGAGUGCGCUUGAAUUGAUGGAGUCAUGCGAUAUCAAUCAGCUUCCAGUCGUGGCACGAGCGGGAAAAAGGUGGCAGGACCAGGGUCGGCAACUUGUUGGCCUGAUUGAUCGCGCUUCGAUUCCUCGUUGUAUAAAGGAGGAGGCUUCCAAACGAAUAGCUGCUGCGCUUGCCAAGAACGAUGUAGACGACGACGCACCUCUUUUGGAAGGUCAUUAGUAAGGAGGAUGAAGAAUUUACUGAUCUUUCGACUACGCCGAUGGAACAGAUGACCAGCGAAAAGUGAAUUUUGAGGACGCAACUCAUGAUCUCUAGAGGGCUUUGUGGUAUUGUACAUUUACCAUCCAGGCAUUUAGUUAGAGUAUAAAUGGUUCACCAGUCCAAUUAAGGCUUAUCUAUACUUGGGUAGGAGGGCUGGUUGGGGGUUGUUCUCUAGGCCUGCAGGCUCUUUACAUACCCCCAUCAAGUUAGUUUCCCAUUCUUGCUCUGAGGAUUCAUUGUAGGAAGUCAACCUUAUGAACUAACCAUGAUCCAGAUGGCCUCAUAAGAACUUCAUUCGAUGUACAUUUUUGAACACGAGAUCAAACUAGGCACAACUCUAGAUGCAAGGCAGUUCUGAGAUGAGAACAAUUAUCUUGGAAAUUUCAGGCUGUUUUGCCUCCGUUCACCGAUCAUUGAUAGACAAGGGUGUCAUCACACAAGGCUUUGACAUGCCUCUCAGGUGUCCCUUCCUCUCGCUUGAACCUCCGGAUUUUUGUCCAGAUGGUCCAGAACUUAGCUUAUGCUAUGUACUUAGCGCCAUUAUGCAGAUACCGUUGAUUUAUUAAAAUGCAACGAGGCAUAAUGUACAUAACCGAAUUUUUUUCUUCGGGAUCUUUCAUGCACAAGGGUUCUCUGGAGAGUAAAGUUCUGCCCAUUGACAUAGACU